AAAACCGAUAACACCAGUUUACACUAGGAUCUGCUCAGAAAACAUUCUUUGAGCAAAAUGGUUACUACAAUCGAUGUCUGUGCACAAUUUUCAGGCAAGUCUCUCUCUCUCUCUCUCUCUCUCUCAUGUAUAUUUUUAAGAAUCCCAUUAGUAACCAGGCCCCGGGAUCGUGUAAUAAACUCAGACUUGCGUCAAAAUUUCAAUCCCCUGUACGAUGUUACUGAUCUCUUAAUUUGCAGACACUGGAAAUCUGAUAAACAAUGUUUUCUUGAAUGAUUGACUUCUCAAUCAUUUCAUCGCAAUAUUCAGAUUUUGACGUAAGAAGUUUCAGGAUCUUCGGGCCAGGGUAUAACGACCUUUUAAAUACGAUCAUCAACGACAAUCGCCUAAAUUGCUUUUUAUUUUCACAAUUUGUAAAUUUAAUGUUAAAUCUAUAAAUUGUGAACAUAAAAAGUGAUUUAGAUGAUUGUAGUAGAUGGUAACAUUUAAAAGGCUGUGUAAACAUUUAAAAUAGCAAUUGUCUCCAGUUAAAGAAUCGUUUGUGGAGAUGCGUAAACAGGCACUGUCUCAGCUCUUCAAAUUGUCUUUGGUGUCCAUCGGAAUCUCGUGUUUGUCCAUUCUCCUCGGCAUUCUGGUACUUGUAUACUCAAGCGGAGAUGAUUUCCUUGGAAGUGGAGCUCCUAUUUGGUCAGGAGUAGAGUGUUUGCUGUGUGGUAUAUUGGGAUAUCUGGCUUCAAAGUCUGAUGCUCACUUCGAUUAUCUCGCACCCAGAAGGACACGAUACAUGAUGGUGGCGCAUUUAGUCCUUUGUGUCGUUGGAUUAUACGUGUGUGGAACAGGCGUUGGUUUUUCCGUAGUGGACGUUGUAUAUUGCUCAGAGGAAAACGAACGAUGUAGCCAGAAUGUCCAGCAAGAAUUUGUCCUUAAUAUUGCCGCCAGUGUUAUCGCUUUCUCCAUGCUGAUAUGUGUUUUCUUGGGUGUCAGAUUCUUUUAUAAAAAUAGAUUAUUGCUUGGCCUUUAUAAACCAAUGGAAGCGUUGAAUCAAAGGAGAAUACCAGAUUUGGCGAUUUUAGAAUAUAGCAUUUGAACCUAAAGAGAAAAUUAGAACUAGUACAUGUAGCUGCAACAGGCAUUUGUAGACCACUUUGGUGAUAGCAAUUUCCGCACUCCUACCAUUCCACCCUAGCUUAUUCCAAUCGACGACAAGAAAUAUUAUGUCUGGUAUAAUCCCAUACGAAGUAACUAAUAAAUGUACUGAAAAUUUACGAAAAUUGCAUUGAUAAACAAUUUAGAAACGAAAUCCCGGCCUUGAAAAGACCUGAGUCGUUUCAUUAGGUAACGACUAGAGGUAAAACUUACGAGUAUUUUGACUUUUACAAGAGAGGCCACGUGUUACGGUGCAUGUAGGUGUUAGCACUGUUUUGGCCCGAGUCCAUAGCAUGUGUCUAACCUUAUUGAACUGCACCACAAAGCUGACAUGUGAUAUUCCAUCAAAAUAUACAUAUGUAUUGUUAAUAUAUAUAUUUUCAUUCAUGUUUCAAAAGGAAGUCAGCCAUUGCGACGUUGUGUUGUUCCUCCUUAAAGCAAUAUCCAAAUGACCCCUUAACCAAAAUAAAGAGUUGGGCAAACACGGACCCCUGGAUAUACCACAGGUGGGAUCAGGUGCCUAGGAGGAGUAAGAAUUUGCGAAUGGUUAACUUUAAACGAUAUCGUUGAACCCGUUUUUGUCAGCAACCUGCAUCUAUUUAGAAUCUGGUCAUACGCAGAAGAAACUCUUGCUUUUAUAAAUCAUUUGAGAGACAUAAACACCAUGUGCAGGUGAUAAUGGAAUAUUUUAUUGUUAAUAGAGUUAAUAGAUAAAGCGUCAUCCAUAUAUUUAAAUGUCGAAUUGAAGGCCACAGCAAGAAUUUUUUCUUCUCAUGUAGAAACUUUUGAAUAAAUUCUGCCUCAUUUUUCCUUUUUCUUUUUUAUUAUUAUUGGUUUUUUGUACACAUAAUAAAGUACAUGAAUACAAAAAGUCAUAUAUAAUUAUCAUUAUGUGCAUGGAGAGAGAUAGUGAGAAAGAGAAAAAGAGAGAGGCAUGUUUUAAGUAAAUAUGAAAUUCCAUCUGUUCCAAUGAGUAUCAAAUUUUUUCUUUUCACCAUUCUUAUAUGCUAUAUAUUUGUGUGUUUCAUGAAAUAAUUUCUUUUGUGAUAUUGCAGCGGGCAAGUUUAAAGGUUUCUUAGUGCAUCUUGCAGUAUAGACAUAAUACUUCAGAAAUAAAAUGAUAAUGUUUUGUAUAUCACUAUUAUUUUUAAUACAAGCUAAAAUAAAGGAUUUCUUUGUAAUUGGUAUCUGUCGCUCAGUCUUAUCUUCUAAAAAUUGUUUGAAUUCUACAAGAAAUAAUUGUAAACAAUUACAUUCCCAUAGAAUAUGUUCUAUUGUUUCCUCUUCAGAGUGACAAAAGUUGCAAUAUUUAAAAUCUAUUCUUUUUAUUUUGAACAAUAAUGAAUUUGUUACUAAAAUUUUGUUUAUAAUUCUGUACUGAAACCAGUGGAGCUUACAGUCUUUUGUCUCUCUGAAGGGUAUUUUGUGGAUUAUUUUCCAUUCCAUGUCGUCUACAUCUAAAAGCUCACUCCAUUUCUUUUUGUCAGCUGAGACCGACUUAUUUUUAUUAAGAAUUUCAUAGAAAUUUUUUAAUUUGUAACAUUUCAAAAUUGUGUAAGUAUUUGUCAUAAUUAAUGGACUUGUGAGCUUCAUGAUGUUUUUUCCAGGGUAUGAGUUUUUUUUAUCCAUGCUCUCACUGCAUGGAUAAUGCUGUUGUAUUCUAAAAAAAAUUAUCCUAAUGUUUGUAUAAAUAUCACAAAAAUGUUGAAAACUAAAAAGUGAACCAUCUUCAUUAAUAAUAUCAUUAAUCAGUCUGAUGUUGCUGUCAAACAUUUGUUUAUUAAAAAAUGGUUUUCCACCAAUAUGAAUCUGUGGGUUAUACAAUAGAGGUGAAUCAGCAGCAACAGUGGACUCAUCAAUAAGACUAUGUAAUGUAAUGUAGGACUUGAGUACAUGUACAUCAAUCCAAAAUUUAUUUUUCAGUGUUUUUAAAAGAGUGGUGAUGUAUUCAACCCCACAGUUAAUGAAUUUGUUCAACUCAAAAUUGGGAAUAAACAGUCCCAUACCUCUGCUGGAAAAAAUAAGAUGUCUUACCCAAAAUAAUUUCAUAGAAGCUAUAAAAGACAUUAGAUUUACCAUUUUCAAUCCUCCAUCUUCAUAUUUUUUAACUAUUACUUCUUUUUUUAUUCUGUGAGUUGAAUUAUUCCAUAUGAAAGAAAAAAAUAAUUUUUCUAAAUUUUUACAAUAUAACUCAGAGGGAUUUGGGAUUGACAUCAAGAUAUGGUUUAAUAAGGGCAAAACCAAUGUCUUAAUAACUGAUUUUUCCAAUGGGAGUCAAAAAUCUUUUCUCCCAAUGUUUAAGUAAAGAUUUAAUCUGCACACAUUUUGGUUCAUAGUUUAAUUGCAAUUUUUCCUUUUUCCACUUUUGUUGAAGCAACUGUCUCUGAUGUCAAAAUUUCUAGUCUUUAAUUUAUCGUGAGGAACCGUCGUGUAAAGUGUUGAAAAGGCAUACGUUUUGAUGUUGUUGAUUUGAGAAAAGAUCUGUGAUUUCAAAUUUACUAUUCCCGUGGGGAUACGGGUUGGAAUAGGUCCUCAGUACCCCUUGCUUGUCGUAAUAGGCGACUAAAUGGGUGGUCAUUCGGAUGAGACCGCGAAAACCGAGGCCUCGUGUCACAACAGGUGUGUCACGGUAAAGAUCCCUCCCUGCUCAAAGGCCGUAAACGCCGAGCAUAUGCCUAAAUUUUGCAGCCCUUCACCGGCAAUGGUGACGUCUCCAUGAGUGAAAAAUUCUCGAUCGAGAAGGACGUUAAACAAUAUACAAUCAAAUUUACUAACAGUUCUUCAGAUUUUUAAGAUCCCACGUUUGAUUUACACCACUUCUGGUGUAUGUUCAAGUACAAUACAUUUGAAGUUUCUCCACAUCUGUCAAUAUUUUCGUGAGGAGCAAAGAUAGAUGUUUGGUAGAACAUUUACUGGAUCCAGCAAUGUAUCUUUGUAAGGGUUUUUGUGAAGUUUAGAAAUCUAGUAUGGGUAUGGUAUAUAUCCAUAGGUCCCACUGACUGAGAUAUUAGAUGUGUUUAAAAUUGAAAUAUGAUUUUGAAGAAUGUCAUCUUUUGAAGGGACAGUCGGAUUAUAAGUCCGAUUACCAAAUGUAGAAUUAAUGCUAAGUUCAUUUAAAAUACAGUUGCAAUAAUGAGCCUUCCAAAAACAAUGUUGUUACAAGCUUUGUCAGUUGGAACCAAAACAUAUUCCUCGUGUAACUUAUCUAAUUCUUUUAUCACUUUUGGUUUCUAAGCACAGAAGGACACAGAAGGAUAGAUGGUAUACACUUUUAUUUUGAUAUGUCUAAUGAUUUUAAUAUUCCUCUUAUACGUUUUAUUCAUUCUGACAAUGUAUUAAGUUCUUCUUUUUCAUAUUUAGUCCAUCGUCUGGUAUAUUCCUCGACAGAAUUCAUAAGAGAGUCGCCAAUUGAAAGACCGAUGUUCUCUGAAUUUAACAAAUAAGUGAUUUUCAACUACACUUGUAUAUCAACAUCACCAGUAAUGACAUGUCCAGCUGGACUAUAGAUGAAAGAAGACGAAUAACAAGAAUACUUUGGUGGAUUACGUAUAAGAUGUUUUAUAUCUAGGCACUGUAAUGUUUGUAAUUGAAAAGUUUGGAUGCAAUAGUAGUUGUAUACAUGUAUUUGUAGGAAAUACAGGGUGUAAACUUGAAAUAUGCUGGAAUACAAGACUGAACGUUUUGAUGACGAAUAAUGUUGCUUAUGUUGGCAACAUUUAAUUAUGACGGCAUGACAUCCAUAACCCGCGGUGGUUUAAAGAACAUAUGAUGCAAACAUCUAAUCAAUUAGGUAUAAAGGGAAACAAUUCUGAAUUUCGGGAAUAAGCUCUCCUAGCAGCUGAAAGACAGGGCAAAAGACCUACUACAUUUGUCCAAUUUCAAAAACCUGGAUCCGCCUCUGGCCAUUAUGAUACAGUAACUGAUAACGAUUAUAACACACGUGAUUUUUGUUAGACCUAUACGACAUUGAUAUCAACUCUGGGCCUGUAGUAAGGCAAUUAUGGACUCGUCAAACCUUCUGGAUGCCAAUGUAUCACAUGUGACGGUGGAAAAACGGAAAGUAGCUCUUUCUCAACUCUCUAAACUUUCACUAAUCUCCAUCGGUGUCUCGCUGGCGUCAAUUUUACUCGGAAUUCUCAUACUAGUUUACUCAAGAGGAGCCGGGUUCCCAAUUAUCACUGGAGCCCCUGUGUGGUCGGGAGCAACGUUUCUGUUGUCUGGCAUAUUAGGUCAUCUUGCUUCGAAAUCUGAUGUGCAUUAUGGAUAUUUUCCUCCUCCAAGAGUAAGAUGUUUGCUUCUGUCGCAUUACAUCAUUUGUGUGUCGUGUAUGAGUGUUUGUGGGAUAUGCUUCGGUUACUCCAUAGCUGGCGCUAGUGUAUGCACGGCAGACGACGAGCUGCAGUGUGGAGAGAACGUCCAGACGGAAUUCAUCCUCAACAUCCUCAGUAUUGUCGUGUCUGUCUUCAUGUUGACCAUUGCGAUCGUUGGAUGCAUAUUUUUCUGUGUCUAUAGAAAGUUGCUCGGACUGUACAGACCUGUGGAUAUGUUGUAUCAAAAGAGAAUCAACGAUCUGGAGAGCAGGAUUAGAACACUUGAAAAUCCGAACAUGCAGGGACAGCAACAAGGAUUCGGAGGACAGUACGGGUAUAACAGUUUUAACACGACUACUGCACCGCCCCCGGUGUAUUCAAAGGAAUAACUGAAAAAUGUAGGAGACUGUUUUUAUAAUGUAUAGUCAUCUGUAACCAAAGCAAUGAAGCUGCAAAAAUCUUCUAUGAAUGAAAACUCUUUUGAAUGUUACCCAUUGACUAUCAAAGAAUAGCUACUCUUAAAAAUGCAUGGUUUUUAAUCUUUGAUUAUUUGUCUUCAAACAUGGUUAUUUUUUCUAUAAAUUGCAAUGUUUCAGUAUUGCUGAGAAGGGGAAUGUAAUGAACCUCAAUAUAUACAAUAAAAUUGUUUACAAUUUUC